AUGGCAGCUAAUGCGACUACAAACCUGUCCCAACUCCUGCCACUAGAGCUUGUGAACAAGUGUAUAGGAUCAAGAAUUCACAUUGUGAUGAAGAGUGAUAAAGAAAUUGUUGGUACACUUCUAGGAUUUGAUGACUUUGUCAAUAUGGUGUUAGAAGAUGUUACAGAAUUUGAAACUACACCAGAAGGAAGAAUUACAAAAUUAGAUCAAAUUCUACUAAGUGGAAAUAAUAUAACAAUGCUGGUUCCUGAAGGAGAAGGGCCUGAAAUAUGAACGGAUUUCCUAGACUUAUGCUAGAUUCUGCUUUUUUUUUUCAAACCUUUAGUGUUUAGAUUCUAUAAAAUGAAGUUUCCAUUAAAGGGAAACUCUUUGAAAAUAUACAUCCAUUUUUCUAAGC